AAUAUUGCUCUAUCUGCUGGUAACUCCAAAGAGCCCAGUCUGCAGAUAUACUCGCUGUCUCCAGAGCAUGGGGCCUUUCAAUCUGAUCUUCCUUUUCACGUUAAGUUUGACUUUUCUUUCCGGUGGCAGAGGGGCAAGACGGCGAGCACAGGGUCAGAGUCCAAUUGACAAGAUCCAGGCUCAGCAAAACUUUAACAUUCAGCAGUUUACAGGUGUGUGGCGCCUCAUUGCUGUUGGAUCGCAAUGUUCCUAUUUGAAAACAAAUAACCACAAUCUGGAAGCGGUUACUGUUCGAGUGAGCGAUCAGUCUGAAGCCAUGCGUAUCAACACGCUAUGCAAAAUGGAUGGGAUCUGUUGGGACAUUAAGCAAGACUACAAGAAGGCUGCAAUCCCAGGGAGAUUCUCAAGAAAAAAUCGGGGACUGACCACUGACAUUGUAGUCAGUGAAACAGACUACACCAAUUAUGCAAUAGUCUUCUUUCAGCAAAGACGGAAAAUCACUGUCAAACUCUAUGGGAGAACCCCUAAUGUUGAUGAAGCUGUAGCGAUCAAGUUUCAACAACUUGUUACCAGCAACAACAUCCCAGAAAUAUUCAUCUACACGUUCCCUCAAUAUGGGUUCUGUGAUGCUGCUGAUGAAUUCCAUCAACUUGAUGACGAUUUUGGAAAAUCUUAAGCCAGAUGUGUUGAGCCAUGCUCACUCUGCCCACAAAUGGUUUCUGAUUUCUCUACUGAUGGAUCUGAUCAACAUCCUGCCAAUUGAUCAAAUAAAGUUGGGCAUGGCAUUAAA